AUGAGAGCUACAGAGCUGCAGAAUGAAGUCAACCACCUCGUGUUUAUGUAUUUCACAUCGAUCGGUGUUGUCCAACGGGAUGCUGGGGAGGAUGACAUUCAUACCAAGAUGAAUGACCUUGCAGACGAAAUCAGAAGAUGCAGGGAGAGAAUUGGCGAGCUGAUGCAUGAGGAUAUGGCUAAGGAGCACAUUAGAGAUGACUAUAACAAAAUCAUUGCUGAAGGCAGGGAGUUUAUCAAGGAUGGAAUGUGUUUUCUUGAUGCGAUCGUAUAA